AUGACAAUGAGUCAACCUUUGAGGCGAGGUGUACGGGCUGUGUCCUGGACCCGAGUCCUCCCUCCGCGGGCGCGACAAGGGCCAUCACUGUAUCGCGCAGGGCAGACGAGAUGCCUUCAGAUUCGCGCCGCGGCUGCGGAACAGCCAUCUUCGGCCAACGGAAACAGUCUGCCUGUGGUCGGCACUCCUAACUCAGCUGAGUCUGCCGAUGCGCGAUUCGACGUUAUCGGCGCUCCAUACUCGUUAUUGUCCGUCUCCCUAUCCGCUUCGCAGAAUCUCUUCACCCGACGAGGAACAUUGGUGGGACUGAGCGGGAAGGCCGAUAAUGUGGUUUCUACGUUGAGCGUGCUCGAACCAUUCCGGAGAGCAGUUGUCGGUGUGCCAUUUCUCUACCAGAAGGUCUCGUCGGCUAGCCCGGUAACUGCCCUAGUUUCUGUUCGGUCGCCUACCACGUCCUUCGCUGUUGUACACCUGGAUGGUUCCGUGGAUUGGAUGGUGGCGCAGAGGCGUGCGUUGCUUGCCUGGACGGGCCGUUCUCUUUCUAUCAAACCGACAAUCAACACAAGCCUGAGCGUGUCUCACUGGGGUAGCUCCGAAGUGACUGGCAGAGGAUUGCUAGCGUUAGUUGGUACGGGUCAGUUAUACCAGGUCGAGGUAAAGGCCGGAGAGCAAUACGUCGUCCACCCAAGCAAUGUCGUUGCUUACACAAUGACAAACAACCCCCCUCGUCCUUACCGCUUCAAAUCCACAACCUUGAAAUUCCAGGUCCCAGGUCUUAAGGGCUUGCCUAGCUUCAUCCAGGAUUCAAAGUUCAUUCGGGAUAUGUCGGGUUCCGAUACAUGGAAAACCGCGAUGAACAUCUUCCAUAAAAUCCGUACUUGGUCUCGGAUGACCAUCUGGGGAGACAGACUCUUCCUGCAAUUCGAUGGCCCCUCGACUAUUCUCUUACAAACGCGUGGUCCCCGUAUCAACGAAGUCCUCACCUCGCACGAAGUCAAUGAAAUUGCAAGCGCCCCGAGAGGACUAACCAUUGGACCUGCAAAGCCCGCGGAGGAAAAGAAAUCGUCUGCCGACGAGGAGGCCGUCAAUGCUGCCCCCGCGCCCACAAGGACCAUUGAACAAUUAGAACAGGAGGUCAGAGGGUCAGCUCAAAGCAUUGCCACUCUUACGAAGGAAGGCAAAGUUAUCUUUGAGAAACCUGGCCAACAAAACUAAAGUGUAACGUUUGCCAUCAACUGUUCCAGUUGGUGCAUGAUAAGGCGCUCUCAUUUUAAAAUUUCUUAUUGCAGGCUGAAUGUAUUAUAG